AUGACCGAAUUUCAGGAACUUCUAGAAUCAGGCAUACUCUCGCAUUACAGUGGAAGAAAUAAGACAACAAACGAGACGUCUACAAAGCAUAAAACUUAUGUCACUGUUAACUCGAAAACUGAUCCCCUUCCCGGAGACCCUAUCAUUUUUACAUCAGGAACCUACAAAAACGUGAGUGAAGUAGAGAAAGACAUCAUAGAAACUUUGGACGACCAAUGCAAUGAGAGCGUAAAAAUAGUUGGAGUUGAGUGGUGCUAUCCUUUUUGCCUUGGUGGCUACAAUGACGUACAGUGCCUUAUCUUUACCACAGAGGAAUGCCCUGAGAGACCAGAGGAACUGCACGAAGAAGAAGAAAAAAAUGAUUCGCAAAAAGGACAGCGCGAGCAUCACGAAGGACAAGGGGAAGAUCGCCAACAGGAACAGGUGCAAGAAAUCGCACCAACAGCACAGGAACUGCAACAGCGUGAGGAACUGCAAGGUGAUGGUGAACAAGAUGCGCAACAGAUUGAGAACGAAGAUGAGGAAUCCUCGCAUCGAAGUACGCGCUGUCCCUUGGACAUCGGUUGUGCCUAG